AUGGCGUUGCUUACAUCUUCUUUUGCCACCUUGGCAGUGGAUGACUCUGGGAAUCCAGAGAACAUCGAGUCUAGUCAACCACAAGUUCACUUACAAAUCCCGGAGCACGAUGAAGUGCUUGACAUUAUCGACACGUUAAGAUCUCAAGGAAUCACUCGUUAUAUCGAUUUGCCCCAGCUGAUCGUUUGCGGCGACCAGUCCUCUGGAAAGUCAAGUGUUUUGGAAGCCAUAUCUGGGGGAUUUCGUUUCCCUACCAAGGAUGCUUUAUGUACCCGCUUUGCCAUAGAGCUCAUCCUCCGCCGAGACCCGACAACAAAAGUCAAUGUUACCAUUGAACCUCAUGAGGACCGCCCCCCAAAAGACCAGGAUAUCCUUGCCAGCUUCGAACCGCCGACCACCAAUCUCGACCAGUUCCCUGCUAUUAUCGAGGCAGCAGCAGCGGCAAUGGGUGUGGAUGGCACCCGAAAAGCAUUCAGCAAAGAUAUUCUCAGGGUUGAACUAUGGGGCCCACAUCAACCCCACUUGACAUUAAUCGAUUUACCAGGUCUUUUCCACGCUGGUAAUGAAUAUCAGUCCAGGGCUGAAGCAGCAUCCAUCCACGCCUUGGUACGAUCCUACAUGAAGAGUGAAAGAAGUAUCAUCCUAGCAGUGGUCUCCGCUAAAAACGACUACAGCAAUCAAAUUGUCACCGAAUACGCGCGUGAGUUCGACCCUCAGGGUCAUCGCACGUUGGGUAUUAUCACAAAACCGGAUACUCUUCACACUGGAUCAGAGUCCCAAAAAUGGUAUCAGUCUCUCGCGGAAAACGGCAGAAUCAGUUUGAAGCUCGGCUGGCACUUUCUCCGAAAUAGAGACUUCGACACAAGGGAUUCUACUACUGCGGAGAGGGACGAAGCGGAAGAGCAAUUUUUUCGCCGACCUGACUGGAACUCCCUACCCAAAAGUCGAGUUGGAAUCAAAGCCCUUCGGCCGCGCUUGAGCAGGAUUCUUCUGUCUCACAUAUCGAAGGAACUUCCCAAACUGUUGCAGGAUGUCCGAAGUGGUGUUGAAAAUUGUCAGCGUAAACUGAAUAGACUCGGACGACCAAGGCGUACGGUGGAAGAGCAACGCACGUAUCUUGUACAUGCCAGCCAGACUUUCAUGAAGCUGAUGCAAUAUUCUGUUGACGGAAGCUACCUCGAUCCCUUCUUUGGUAGCUCCGAUGAUAUAGGCAAUGGCUACCAAAAAAGGCUUCGAGCGGUGGUACAAAACAUCAUGAAAGAUUUCGCUCGGGCGAUGCGUCUACGAGGACAUGCGAUUCAGCUCGUGGAUUACACACCUGACUCCAAUAGUACAGGCCAUGGAGGCCCGACCUUCGUCGCAAGAGAAAACUUUCUCAAAUAUGUCGAGGGACGGAUGAAUAACAACCGAGGCCGCGAACUCCCGGGUACAUUCAAUCCUGAUAUCAUCGGCGAACUCUUCUUUGAUCAGGCAAAACCGUGGGAGGAGAUUAUUCACUAUACCCGAGAACAGUUGAUGAAGGCCGCUGAAAGGACGAUUGAUCUCCUCCUCGAGCACCUCGCGGAUCCAGCUACGGCCGCAGCCCUCCAGCGCCAUCUUAUUGGACCGCACAUGGAGGAAAUCAGCAAGUCCCUCCACCUCAAAGCGGAGGAAGUGUUGAGACCCUACGUCAAGGGUCAUCCGCUGACUUUCAACGAGUAUUUCAUAGAGAACAUACAGAAAAAGAGGAGAAUGGAGACCCGAAAGCUCAUGGCUAAGAAGAUUAGCUCCUUUUUUGGCAAAGACCCCGAGGUAGAGCUAGAUUCUAGCAGGAUAUUUGAGGGCAAAUUCAAUGUUCGAGCACUCCUUGACGCCCUUGUGUUGGAGAUUGAAGUUGACGCUGAUCGAUUCGCUUGUGUCGAGGCGACCAAUGCAAUGGAAGCCUACUACGAGGUCGCUUUAAAAGCCGUGAUUGAUGCAUUCGGCAUGUACGCGAUGGAAGUGUGUCUUCUUGAUAAGCUUCCGCACGUCUUCGACCCUAGAGAGGUGCACGGUUUGGAAGAGAAAAUGAUCAGGAAAGUUGCGGCUGAAUCCCCUGAGUCCAUAAUUGAAAGAGAAGAUGCUGAAAGGAAGCUCUCAAUUUUGGAACAAUCGUUGAAGACACUGCAAAGGAUGAAGAUCCCCCAGGUCCAAGACGGUCAAGUUCCACAACAAGGCAGUCUUGGAAGACGAGAGGCGGUCAGAGACACCAGAGAUUAUCCAAGUGAGGCAGCCUUGAAGGAGGUAUAUUCUAGCACAGAGGACACCGAGUCGACCGAUAUGGGUUCAGAACAAUUCGUAGAUAGCCCUGACCGAGUGAGAAGCACCACCUCACGGUCCUCAGCGACUUCUGCGGAACUCGUUGAGAACUCUCCUGGACGCGACCGCCAUUAUUUCAAAGCUCAUCUCAAGAAGUCAAAGGCCUCGUAA